CAGAGAUCCGUCCACGUCGUAGCUAUCUAGCAGGAUUCGAGCCGGGCGCCUUACAGGCGCACUCAAGACCAACGGCUAGGAUUUUCCCUGGACGGAAUAGGGUUCUAGCAAAAGAGGAAGAUGACGCUGGAGAAGGAAAUGCAUCGGCGGAGGGAUGCCUACAAGGAUUACGCCGAGCGGAGCGAUCGGCAAGACGAGGAGCAGCGUCACAGGCGCUACGAAGAUUAUCCCCCGAGCUGGCCAGGUAGGUUGGAAAUCCACAGGGAGAGGGAGGGUCACGACGGCAGGGAUUACAAGGGGAAUUGGGACUCGCGAGUCGAUCGGAGGGAUUCUCCGCGCAGUCCAUACAGGGAUCCGGGGGGCAGUAGUAGAAUCGAGCCGGGAAUAGCGGGUUUGAUCUUUAUGUGCAACAAGAAGACGCAGAGGAGGUGCCUCGCUUACAAUGUGCUUGGAAUGCCGAGGACCAAGAAGCGUUUCGCGGAUCACAUCACUCCAGGAAUGAAGCUUUUCCUGUUUGAGUUUGAGUCGAGAGAGCUUCACGGGGUUUUUGAGGCCGUGAGCUAUGUGGGGGUGGAUUUGGAGCCGAAAGCCUUCAUAGAAGCGGACAUCGAUUUUCCACUCCAGGUGCGGUUCCGUGUCGUGGAAAAGUGCCUACCUUUGCGUGAAACCGAAUACAAGGAUGCGAUUCUCGAAAACUACUACGAAAACAAUCGCUUCAAGUUUGAUCUAUCUAAGGAACAGGUGGUGAAGCUCAUGAGGCUGUUCAUGCCGGCAGACGUGCCCCGCGGCUCAAGAAGUUUUCACUACCCUCCUUCAGCUGGAACCAACUCAGUUGAUGACGCUUACUCGGACUUUAGGGGGCCAACCGAUAGUCGAACUUACCGCAGCGGUCGCAGUGAUCGUCAUCAAAGGGAUGAUCACUGGAAGAAUGAGCCUGAGCAGCAGGUUUCCAAGACGUCGUACGUUGAAGGGCCUAGUCGCGUUAACUAUCCAACUUACAACGAGUAUAAGGAGCCUGCUGGUCGGACUUCGUACGUACCACACGAAAGAUACUACGAGAGCGCAAGCGCAGCCAAGUUUGCACCUUCUCAGAGAUCUGAGCCGGAUACUUGGUGUAGCGCGAGGCCCAACGACUACGACUAUGGCGAUACUUUGGGACCCGGGCAACAGUGUGCUCCUUCUUCAUAUGCUGGCGUUUCUUCGAAAUGCGACGCUCUUGGCUACGGUAUCGGGAGACCAGAGGCCACCACAGCUUUAACCACUGACGCAGAUCGAUACUGGAAACCGGACAGCAGCGUUUUGCAGAUGUCCGCAGACUUUAGAUCGAGCUUUUACGGUCGACAGGGGUCGUCUCUAUAUGAUGAGAUGGGGAAUGGGGACAGGGUCCGGAAUAUGGAUCCGAUGGAAGAUGGUUCUUACAGGCUAGCUAGCAAGAAGGCUUUAGUUUCGGACAUGUUGGAUUAUCUCCCACCCACAAUGACCGCUCUGGCUCCUCCUGCAAUGUCACAGGUAAUGGCAACGGGAAAGCCAGCAACGGAAUACCGAGAGUUCGCGCCAACUUAUAGUUCUGACGUGAGAAAGGCCUCAUAUGGAUACCCAGAGGAUGUUACUAGACAGCCAAGCAGGUAUUCGUCGGUUGGCAAUGGUUUGGCUCUGGAUAACGGGCAUGCACUCAAUGGAGUAAGCAUUCCAGAGACGAUACCAAAGGAGAGGUAUAAGAGGGAGCACUCUCCAGUGUUUUCGGAUGCGAAGUACUCGAGGCAUCCGUCCGAAAGGGAAAGGAGUUUUGAAGGACGUCGGCACUUCGAAUACCAGCAGCCUGCCGCCAGCUCGUACUGUAGAAACUCUUCGGAGACUUACGGACGCCAACAGAAGCCUAGCGUAUGGGACAGGAUAGCAGCUCCUACGAAAAGACCGAAAAUGCAAAACUACGACAAAAAGAGGAGAGAGUUCUCCCCAGAAUCGCCUCAAGAAGAGGACUAUACUACUCUGGAAACCGAGCGGGACGACGGCACUUACGUGAUAGACUUUAAGAGACGAAACAAGGGCGAUGGGCUUGCAGGUACUAGCCACAAUGGGCACAGAAAAAAGAAGAUCGUGAGGCCGGAUUCGCAUUAGAAUUUAGCGGUUUAGGAGGUUAGGGGGUGGGGCAGCUCGUCCGACAGGAUGCCACUCCGAGUAUCUGCAUAUUUCUGUUAACGUAGCAAGCAUGAAGUUCCUAA